AAAUAUCAAAUUAGUAGCAAAACCCUAGGGUUCACUGUAACCCGACCCAACCGACCAGACCCAGUAAGCCAAUCAGCUCUCGCUGCUCUUUCUUUUUCGGUCUUUCACUUACUGAUUUUGUGGUCUCGCUACUGACAAUAAAGUCUUCCCAUUUCUGUCAUAAUACUUUCUGCUGUUUUUUUUUUCUGAUUUUGAGCAUAGUUUCUUACUUUUUGAGCAAAAAUGGAGAUUGAGAGUUGCAGUUCUUUGGUAAAGAGUAUGUGGGUACUCCCUGUCAUGGAGGCUUUUGUGGUUGAGACUCUUGUUGCUGCUUCUGAGUCUCUCACUUGCUUUGUCCUGCUGACAGGAUCUUUGCUGAAUGAUAACAAUGGAUUACGAAAAUUGAAUUUAAUUGAUGAGAGUUUUUCCUUUGAUGAACUUCACAAGAGGAACCAGCCUGAUCCAGAUGUUAAAGAUGCUAGUGAAACAGAGGAGGAUGACGAUGAAGAUGAGGAUAAUGCUGAAGAACAGGAUGAUGAUGAAAAUGAUGAAGAUUUCUCUGGUGAAGAAGAAGGCGAGGAGGAAGGCGAUCCUGAGGAUGAUCCUGAGGCCAAUGGUGAUGGAGAAAGUGAAGACGAUGAUGAGGAUGAUGAUGAUGGUGAUGAAGAUGAUGCAGAUGAAGAUGAAGAAGAGGAAGAUGAGGAAGAAGAGGAGGAUGUUCCUCAGCCACCUUCUAAAAAGAGAAAGUGAAGACUAGUUAUGGUUCCACUAGCUUUGAAAUGUUUCUUUACCUUUGUCUCAGGAGGUUUUGGUAGGGAAGGUGGGAAUUAGUCAAUCAGUUUGCUUAGAGUAGAAAUAUUUGCUAUCCCUUCUGUGAAUGAGCAGCAUUUGGAGUGUUUAUGUUGUUAUUACAGAUUUAUUAUGGUGCAUGUCAAUGUGGAUAUUGUGGCCAUUGGUACUGAAUUUGUAGAAAUUGGGGAUGUUUAUGUUAGUUUAUUUAAGGCUGAUGAGUAGAGAAGUUGGUUGGCGUUGACUCA